UGACCGCCGGUGAGGAGGGUGAUGUUACUGCCUCAUCGUAUAAUAAUUUGACUUAAAAUCUUAUAAAAUAAUUUAUUUGCAUGCACAAUUUUUUUUCCACCAGCAGUGUCUUAUGAGUUUGUUCUACCGACGAUUAUCAAAGAGGAUAAGAGACAUAUGAAUAAAUCUGUGCAAAAAAAGUAAAAAGUAGCAGAAAUAAGUCAGAUUUAAGAAAAGUAAGAGAAGACCUGAGAACUUGUUUUAUAUUCGUAUCCCCAGCCAGCAUGAUCGCCACCGCCACUGCCGUCCUACAUGACUUCCUCUCCGAUCUCGUAGAUCUUAAACUCUUGAUCAUCAAGAGUAUCUACUUCACACUGCUAGCAGGUGUAGUGAUGCUGUGGCCACAGUUGACCCUGCAUCAGCAGCAGCUGGGACUGACCACUUACCAGACGGGGAUCUGCAGCUCUGCCAUGUCUCUGCUCACCAUGCUGGUACCAAUCCUCGCUGGCUUCACCGGCGAUAAACUCGGCAAUUACAAGGUAUUGAUGAGUAUAGCAACAGCGGGGGCGGGUCUAGGAGCAUUUCUUUUCACCGUUGUGCCCAGCGCCAACACGACUACUGUUUACUACCUCGCCAACGGGACGACCAACAACAGCCUCGUUAACGGGAUGAUCAACGGAAGGGACCUCACUAAUGGGAUAACCAAUGGUAGCAAUCUCACUUACGAGACGACCAACCUCAUUAACGGGAAGAUCAACGACAGCGACCUCCUUAACGGGAGGGUCACAACGGUUAAGGUCGACCCAGAAAAGUUGACUGUGACCUUCUGGAGUUAUCUGGUUGUGAGACUUCUGUUUGGAAUGUUCCAGUCAGUGGGUUACACAUUAUACGAGGGGGCAGUGAUGGCUCACGUGCAGGAGCGAGGUAUCAACUAUGGCUACCAGAGGGCCUGGGGCACAAUGGCUGUCAUAGUCGGCUCUCUCCUGGGUGGCUACCUCGUUGACAUCACUAGUGGCUUCAAAAUGAUCUUCUGGAUGUCUGCGGGGUUGCAUGUCGUGUCGGCAGGCCUCAUGCUGCUGCUAACGAUGAACUUCAAGCUGCCGACGCAGUCCCUGACGAGGGAGAUCUUCAGGUACCUGCUCAAUGUUGAAGUUAUCCUGCUCUUCUCCGCCAUGUUGGCCGCAGGUGUACUGAUUGGGUACCUGGAGACGUUCAUGUACCGGUACCUAGUGAACCUGGGUGCUAGCAGCAUGCUGGUCAGUCUCACAGUGACGGUAGGAGCGCCCUUCGAGCUACUACUCACUCUCCUCACGUCACACCUGGUCAGGCAUAUUGGUCAUGCUCCACUCAUCAUGUUCGGCUUGUCUGCCUAUGCUGUUAGGCUGGUUGGUCUUAGCAUGCUGGUGGACCCGUGGUGGGUGCUGCCGCUGGAGGCGCUGGAGUCGGUGGCCAACGGUCUACUCUUCACCGCCGCCAUAAUGUACUGCACUCUCCUCUUCCCAAUGGACAUCAUCGCCUCCUCCCGCGGCAUCUUUGCCGUCGUAUACUUCGGCGUCGGCAAGUUGCUGGGCACAUUGAUAGGUUCUGAGGUGCGGGAGGUGCUGGGAGACAGAGCCACCUUCAGGGUGCUGGCCGGUAUUGCUCUAGCCUUCGCCCUCACCUACUGUCUCGCCUUCUACACCUUCAGACGACGCAUGAGCGGCAUUCUCGACCUAAGAACCUCGCCUCCAACCCCUGCCUCCCACCAUAACGUCUCCCAGGACAUCAAGGCCGCCCAAGGCACCACUCAAAUCGCUCAUGAUACCUUUUUUAAGACCUUGCAACCAACCGUAGUUACCCACCCAACAACUAAACAUGGUAUUAGUAACUACAUUUGUAGGGUAGAUGAUGAGUAGGAGUGGUAAGUAGGCUUCUGAGGUAGUGAGUAUUAUGUCGAGUAGGGUGUUGAGGUGAGCAAUAUUGACGUGAGUAGUGUUGGGGGUGAUUGUAAGGUUCAGAGGAUUAAAAGUUAUUAGGUACAGAGAGGUAAUGGUUGUUAGGUUCAGAGAGUUAAUGAUUGUUAGGCUCAGAGGAUCACUGGCUUGUAUUGUACCUGAACUUGUCUCUCAUGACCAGUGAAAAUUACAAACCUCGUGGCACACAUGAGGCAAACAUUGAUUUUUUUUUGUGAAGCCUCAUGUCAAGUUCUUUAUUACUCCACAUACAGAGGGAAGGAUCUUUACUGAGGCCCGAAAGUACAAAAGUAUUUUUUUCACUUUUCAUAUUUUUAUUAUAAUCAAGUAAUAUUGAAUGUUUGAAAAUAUAUGGAUACAGAUUCUAUAUUAA